CAUCUUCAUUUCGCUGCCAACGAGCCAGCAGAACGGUCAUGAGCCCAGGAAUCGUUAGCCAGGAGGUAAACGGCCGCCAGGAGCCAACAGAAGCUGCGAGGGACGAGAGACAUGGACGACGGCGCCGGGUGGCGGUUAUUGGAGCAGGACUUGUGGGUUCUCUGGCAGCCUUGAACUUUGCCCGCAUGGGCAACCACGUGGAUUUGUACGAGUACCGGGAGGAUAUCCGCGAGGCCCUAGUGGUUCAGGGCAGGAGUAUUAACCUGGCUCUUUCGCAGCGUGGCCGUAAGGCGCUGGCCGCCGUGGGUCUGGAGCAAGAGGUGCUGGCCACCGCCAUACCCAUGCGAGGCAGAAUGCUCCACGAUGUGCGAGGAAACUCCAGUGUGGUCCUAUACGAUCCCAUUAACAAUCAAUGCCUGUACUCCGUGGGACGUCGACAGCUGAACGAAGUCCUUUUGAAUGCCUGCGAUAAGCUGCCCAAUAUACGCUGCCACUUCGAGCACAAGCUGACAAGUGCCAAUCUGCGAGAGGGAUCCAUGGAGUUCCGCAAUCCCGCCAAGGAAGCCGUAGCUGCCCAUGCUGAUCUUAUAGUCGGCUGCGAUGGUGCCUUCAGUAGUGUGCGCCAGCACUUGGUCCGUUUGCCGGGCUUCAACUACUCCCAGGAGUACAUAGAAACGGGGUAUCUGGAGCUCUGCAUACCCUCGAAAUCGGGAGACUUCCAGAUGCCUGCCAACUAUCUGCACAUAUGGCCGCGUAACACCUUCAUGAUGAUUGCCCUGCCGAAUCAGGAUAAGUCUUUCACGGUCACGCUGUCCAUGCCCUUUGAGAUCUUCGCUGGCAUUCAGAAUCAAAACGAUCUCCUGGAAUUCUUUAAGCUGAACUUCCGGGACGCACUGCCACUGAUUGGAGAGCAACAGCUCAUAAAGGACUUCUUCAAGACCAGGCCACAGUUUCUGGUGUCCAUCAAGUGCCGGCCGUAUCAUUAUGCGGAUAAGGCACUGAUCCUGGGCGAUGCCGCCCAUGCGAUGGUUCCGUACUACGGCCAGGGUAUGAAUGCUGGAAUGGAGGAUGUCACGCUGCUCACCGACAUUUUGGCCAAGCAGCUGCCACUGGACGAGACGUUGGCCCUGUUCACCGAAUCCCGCUGGCAGGACGCCUUCGCCAUUUGCGACCUGGCCAUGUACAAUUAUGUGGAGAUGCGAGACCUGACCAAACGUUGGACAUUCCGGCUGGACCUACUACUCAAAAGCUCUAAAAGCUUUUCUUCGCCGAAGGUAGAAAGACAUGGAUGGUUUCGAGUAUUUAAAGAGGGGGAGCUUAGUAUGGUCAGAGAGCGAGAGAGACAGCGAGCUGCUCAUUUCCGACUUAAUUGUUGUUGCUAAUUCCGUUUCGCGAACUUUUCGAUGGCACUCUCUAGAAUUGUCGGCGCCUCCGCUUUGCCCACACUCACUACAGUGGAACGUCGACGAGAAUAAGAUUUAUAUGAUAUGCAGUUAAUCACGUACAUAAUCCUCUUACAAAAUGGCGUGUACAUAAAACUUAAGGUAUGAAAACGUAUUUAAACUCUAGAAACUUCCAGAUAGUGACAAACCAUUAUUUACUAAUGUUAAUUAUACAAUGAACGGUGCCGAAUGUCUUGUUUAUGGUUUUGUAUUCAACUAGCGUAAAAUGUAUCGAACGUUAAUAGAGAUUAGACUUUAAGAACGUUGAAAAUUAACCUAUUAAUGGAAUCGAAUAAUAACUCUUAUUUUUCUGAACCCAAUAGCUGUGAAAUAAAAAUAUACAUAUGU